CGGCUUCUGCCACAUCGACCGAAAUGGACUCGGCUUCACGGCCCUCUGGCAAUGAAUCGAGGGUACUUGUGAUCUACACAGGUGGCACUAUCGGGAUGCUCAUCGGCAACCGCGGUUACGUCCCCGAGCCUUUUUUUCUGACGGAGACUUUGAAGAGUCAGACAAGGUUCCAUGACCCUUUCCAAGACUCUCUGUUUUCGAACUCGGGGAGCGUGCAAGGGUUUCGGCAGUUCUUGAGCAGCACUAGUGGUCGCUCUAGUCCUCAAAGUGGAAAUACGCCUGUGAACCCUCAGUUCGAGCAACCGACACUACUUUCCGACAAAAGACCCGCCGGCAGCUUCGAUAUGCACCCAAUUAUCCGAAGACUAUUUGAAGCGCGAAUCCCUAGCCUCAUAAUGCCUCGAAGUUCCGUGUCGGGAAGCAGUGACAGUAAAGCCAUCCGUUAUGCUAUUCUGGAGUGGAAUCCAUUACUGGACAGCAGUAACAUCGAAAACGAAGACUGGAUUCGGUUGGCAUCGGAGAUCGAAUUGAACUACCAUUACUUCGAUGCUUUCGUGAUUUUGCAUGGAACGGACACGAUGUCUUACACAUCGAGCGCGCUGAGCUUCCUGCUGGAGGAUCUGGGCAAGACGGUUAUCUUGACUGGAGCCCAAAUCCCGCUCUCUCAAUUGCGGAAUGACGCGGUGGACAAUCUUAUGGGGGCUCUUAUGAUUGCUGGGAACUAUAUCAUUCCAGGUAACUGGGCAAUCUCCGGGGAAGAUAUGUUGACUAAACUUUGGCACAAGAAUGCUGUCUGUAUUUCAAUCACACCGACAGCGUUGUUCCGUGGAAAUCGAGUCUCCAAGGUCUCCUCGUACGAUCUCGGCGCUUUUCACAGUCCGAACUUUGCUCCUCUAGUCAAUGGCAAAGCAGUCGGAAUUGACAUUGUUGUCAAUUGGAAUGAUGUUCUUCGGCAGACUAGCCUCCGGCGUUUCCGUGCCCACAAGGAAAUGAGUCCGCACGUGGCUACGCUGCGGCUCUUCCCCGGCAUUACGACUCCCACGAUACGAGCCUUCCUCGCUCCGCCAGUCAGAGGCGUUGUUCUGGAAACAUUUGGGUCGGGAAAUGCUCCCCAGCGCCAGGAUCUUAUCCAAGCGUUCAAGGGUACCUGCGCUCUCACCAAGCUCAGCUACCUGCUCUCGAAACCCGAGUUCUCAGUGGAUCAGAUUCGCAAGCUCAUGAGCACCCCGCUUCGGGGAGAGUUGACUCGCCACUCCGCCACGGCUCUGAGCCAGGCAACAUUGGUCCAAAAUAUGGAGAACAUCCAGGGAUUGCUCUCCGAGUUCGUGCGCAUGUCGGUGCCGUUGACCCAGGCGCCCCAAAUCACGAUUUCUCUACCGGAUGGGAAUGCCCAAGAUGCUGCGGCUUCUUGGACAUCGACGGCAGCCGAGGCUGCGUCAACGGAAGCCGCUCUCCUUCCUUUCCUCAUCCAUUCUGCGGCCGCUCGAAAUGAUGUGGAAGGCAUCCAGUUCUGCCUCAAGUCGAACAGUCGAAUGAUUUGCCUUGAUUCGGCGACUGGUGGAUCUCCCUUGCACGCCGCUGCUUUAAACGGCAGUACUGCCUGUGUCCAACUGCUCCUCAAUUCCGGGGCUCUCGUUCAUCUACGCGACUCGCUAGGUCACACCGCUCUGUAUUAUGCCGCACGAAAGGGUUUCGGAGAAAUUGUGGACUUGUUGGUCCAAGCUGGCGCUCUCUUGAGUGGAUCUGAUGGACUGUAUGCUUCAAUGGCAGCCAAAUCCGCUCUUCAAAACUCGGAUAAACUUUACAUAGACAUAUGGGAUCGUGCAGGGGUUGCUACAUGAUCUGAAAUCUAUACAUACGCGCCGAAAGUUAUCAAGACGCGGAGACGUUUGUGUAUUCACGACACGUGGUGUGACCCUGGCACUGACGCGGGAUGUCACGAAAAGUGUGGUUGUGACAGCAAGAUCUUCAACAACUCUCUGCAACUUGCAUUCACUCGAAGAAGAGAGCUGGGGCGUCGUAUUCCUGUUAGCGCGUGCGCGUCGCAGAUAUACUAUCUGCUCUCUGCGAGAGACCUGAUUCUUCUGACGCGGACGAUAUCUGCCUGACAACGCUUUGGAAUCGCAAGGACGGGGAUGCCAUCCGGAUGGAUCGUUUCUCGUUUCUCAGCGAUAGAUUGUACACCAGGGUAGACCCGAGGUUGACACAUCGUAUGGCUAGCCUGGUUAGCCGGCGCAGCCAAAACAGCA